UAACCUCUAAACGGGUUUGACAUUUAGCUGAAGUGCGAAAAAAUAAUACUUGCAGCAAGAAUUGCAAAAUUAAUUUUAAUUUUUAUAACAAAUAAUUGGAUUUUUAUUAAGAAAAAUUAAUUGUACAAAAUGCCUGUGGUAGCUAUUAAAUCGGAAGAAGAAUAUAAACAAAUUAUCAGUGCCGAUAAAACCUCUGUGGUCUUAUUUUCUGCCGACUGGGCUGAACAAUGCAAACAGGUUCAAGAUGUUCUGGAAGAUUUAACAAAAUUACUAGGUGAUAAAUUGGCUUUCAUUAAGAUAACGGCUGAAGAUUUUCCAGAAAUCGCCAUGAAACAUCAGAUUGAUGCCGUUCCAACAGUCAUCAUUUUCGCCAAAGGUACAGCUAUUGAUCGCGUCGACGGUGUCGAUAUUGCCAGUCUAACAGCUAAAUGUAAAAAGUUGGGAGCUGCUGCUACUAGUGAACAACCCUUAGAGGAACGUUUGAAAUCAUUGAUUAACAAAGCUCCCUUAAUGAUAUUCAUGAAAGGUGACCGUGAUGCCCCAAGAUGUGGUUUCUCCAAACAAUUAAUAGCCAUAGUUAACGAAUUGGGACUUCCUUACGAAACAUUCGAUAUUUUAAGUGAUGAAGAAGUACGUCAAGGUUUAAAAACCUUUUCCGAUUGGCCCACAUAUCCUCAGGUCUAUGUUAAAGGUGAACUUGUUGGUGGUUUGGAUAUUAUUAAAGAACUUAAAGCCAACAAUGAGUUAGAACAAACUUUGAAAGGUGAAUAAAGUUUUAUAAAGUAUUUUAAUUUAUAAAACCAUUUUUUCGUAUUUUUUAUAAAAAGAAAAUGAGUAUACAAACAUCAAAA